UUAAGUUAGCUCAAACAGUAGCAGGAUUUUAAUAGCAGCGGCUGGUCCGCUGGAUUUUGUGAUUUUAUAUUAGUUUGUGUAUUAUAUGUACUAAUUGUUCAUGAAAAAUGGCACCGGGCCCUGUAGAAGAGCUGGCUCUUUUAGAAUUAGAGAGGUCGAACAAGGGGGCCUCAAAGCAGCGGCGAGAUCAGAUAAAUGGCGAGAUUGGCACGAUGCGCGACCUACUUCCGCUCCCGGAGUCCGCUCGACAGAGACUAUCCCAGCUUCAAAUAAUGUCGCUUAGCUGCGUGUAUAUCAGGAAAUGUAACAUAUUACAGAAAAUGCUGCCAAGCAAUCGUUGCUCAAUCGAAGUGCCUUGCGAUUUCUCAUCGGCACUGACUGGGUUCAUACUUGUGACGACCCGGGACGGCAAGCUGGUCUAUAUCUCGGAGAAUGUAACCGAGUACCUCGGACACUCAAUGGUGGAUAUGAAAACCCAGGGCGACAGUUUGUUCGACAUUGUGGACAAGCGGGACCAUGGAACUGUGCAGGCGCAGUUACUCCAUGGCUCCACUUCCGCCGAGGGAUCCCAGGACCGUCAGAUCUCUUUUUUCUGUCGCAUGAACAUGUCACGGACGCUCAAACGCCAAGGCGGCUUCGGUGAUGUCAAGGUGAUGCACGUGCGCGGUCACUUGGUACCAGUUGGCGGGAAAGAGACGAGCCCCGAGCAGCACAUGUUCAUGGCGCUGUGCACGCCCCUCAUCACCCCUGACGUAAAAGAAAGCCUUAUACAGAACAACACAACUGUGUUCAAGAGCGUUCACAAGCUCGACAUGUCCUUCAUCGAAAUCACCGAGACAGGAGAGUUUCAUCUGGGGCUUGGGACAACGGAAGUGGAGGGCCGCUCCUGGUACUCCAUGCUUCAUCCGGAGGACCUCGCCGAGGCCCGCGCUAAACACAUGCAGUUGAUUAAAUCCCGACACGAGAUGGGAUGCAUGAUGACAGUGCGCAUGCUCACGGAGACGCACGAGACCGUGUGGGUGAAUAUAGUGAUGCACGUGCGACAGGCGCUCGUUACCAAUAGUGACGACCCGGUUAUCGUCUGCAUUAAUCAAGUUGUCAGCGAGAACGAGGCUGCUCAAUUCAAAAGUCAAGGGCAACUGUUUGCCCUGUUUGCUGCAAGGACACCGGACAUGUUCUUCGGCGGCCACCACUUCAACCAACUACAGCAGGAGAUGCUCACACGACAACACGCUCAGGCGUACAUGCAGCAGCAACCGGCCCAGCCCCAGGGACCCCCGGGCUUCUUUGCCGAGCAACAGCGAUACCAGUACACCGCCCCUUCUCAGACACAGACUAGCUUUCCGCAACAGCAGUCUCAGUAUAUGGGCGGAAUCGACUCAAUCUGCCAACAGCAGAGGACUCAGGGACACACGAGCACCAUCAGGGCUCUCAAGCGGAAACUACAGGAAAACUUCAUAUCAUCAUGCAAACCUAGCAAGAUGUCCAGGGUGGGUUCAUUUGACAGCGAGGAUGGUGGUUUUGCGGACUUCAUCUCGGGAGGUGAGACACAGUAUGUCAUGAAUGUCAACGUAUUUAGGUCUGCCGGCUCCGCUUCACAAGCUGUGGACAAUGGAGGUAUCGCUGCUUUCACUGGCGAAACCAUGCCAUUGGUCUACCAGCAUAAUAGCCUGGACCCCAUGCACGCCCUACGACUGAAGAAGUCCAUGCGUCUGCCAGUAUCUAUGAAUCCUGUUGCUUUCGGUGCGGCACCCAUUGUCCAGAAACUGCCACCAACUUGCACCUUAGAGCAGGUUGUUCCGGAAGUAGUCAUUCCUGAUUGUUACCUGACCCCUGACCCAUCCCCGGCUUCCUCGCCCAAACCUCUGAUCUCCAGGACAGGUAUCAAACAGGAAACACAGGAAAUCAAACAGCUGACGUCAUACGUAAUGGGUAGACUUGACGAAUUAAAACAGAACCAGACAAUCUCAGAACCAUCGGUAAAAUUAGAUGGAAAGAAACGGAAAAAUCUGCCAAUCAUUGAUGCCACAUUCGUUGAUACAUUCUUCGAUGAGAUAGAGCCUAUGCUCGUCAGACCAGGCAGUGUCGAGAUCAAGACCGAGCCUAUGUCUCCUCCGGUGCCUAUGGUUCGGGAGAGCCACCUGUCUCCCCCAGUCACCCAGACAUCGCACACGCCUUCUCCGCCGCCCACUGUCUUGCCAAUGCCGCCGACGUGCGAACUGAAGGAAGAGCUCACACUGGAAGACUGCACAUACCUGGAGGAGUUCCUUGGCCUGGUAGGUUCGGCUGGUCCUGAAAUCCAAGCCGCGUUUUCUCCGGUGUCCGUCGCCGACAGCAUGUCUCCAGUCGCCUCUCCGACGUCCGUUGGCACCGGCUGUAUGCCGGAGUCCCUGUCACCUAGGGCACCAACAUAUGGCUCCAACCAUUGCAUCAAGCAGCAGAGCUCUAUGGAUCAGACAUACCCAGAGCUCAGCCCCUGCUCCACUUCCCCCGGAUAUGAGGGUCGGGACGAUCUCAUGGACCCAGACAAUUGGCUGCUGGAGCCAAUCAGUCUGCCCCUGGAAAUGACAUUAGACGGCCUCGACACCCUGCCGGAAAUGAGGCAGGAUGUGCGACAGGACGAGCUAUGCCGCCUGAAGCAGAUUCUUCAGCAGACCUGGGGACCAUGUGGUUCCUUCUCGCAUAAAACCACCCUGUAGGAUUCUCGUGUGUAAGUGUUACUUACGUCAUAAUCGUGUAUGGCAUAUUGCCAUGUAGCCACUCAGCGUCCUUGGCGCCGCCUGCUGGUCAGGACUUCCGGUCGCCUUACAGACGCCGCUGUAUCGGCCCCCCUCGCUUGCUGGUCGGGCGAGGCACAUCCUGUUUUAUACCCAUCAUUGGAAAAACUUACAUUGUUACAUACUGACUCAAAACAUCUAUAGAUGUCCGGAGCCAUCAUCACAGUGUGUACUUAUACUGCAGCUAGAUUAUUCUUAUUGUAUUUGUCAUGCUGGUACAUGAACAAUUUUUAUUUAUUUUGUUUUACUUUUGCGCGGGCGUACAUUUCAUUUUACACAGUAUGAUAUUUGCCUGGACAAUGUAUUAGCUUAUAGGGCGAGCUUAGCUCUGAACUGAAUAUCAUUGGGACUGUGUAAACAGACGGAGACGGUUGGAUAGGAAGAGGAGUGCCUUCGUUUAUUGUUAAAGUUGACGCGGGCGGAACCGAAAAAUAAGUGCUUUGUUUUAAGGAGAGCCGAAGAAAACUUGGCCUAGCAGUUAGUUAGGCCAUGUUUUUCUGAAGCUUUCCUGUCGUUUGUAUAUAAUUCAACAACCUAUGUAUUUGCCUUUAUUCAUGAUGUAUGCUAUUGUUUUCCCGCGUUUUUCACUUCAGAAAUGUAGUUAAUUUGAAGCUUUAUGUUUUGCUAACUUUUUUAUGAUUUUAGCCUGAUUGAGUUGGCGCUGGUAGCUUUAAUCAAUCCCAAAUAGUUUUGUUAAUGAGAACAUUAAUGUUUUUUGUGUAUAUUUAUGUGUCGUUCAGCACGUCGCUUUCAUUAUUUUAACAGCGUAACUCUUUGGGCAAGACUUGAUGGAUUUGUGUUUUUGCCUCUGUCGAACUGUUGUCGCCUGCUGGUCAGGCGGGCAACAGACGGGGUUGUCGUCAGCUGCGGUUCCCCGGGUUGCUCGUGCGCUGGUUCGCACUUCCGGUAGUUAACUGGAGAGCCGGGUACCGCGGUCGAGAUGAGAGAUUUCUCUUAGUAUGUUAAGCUUGGUUUUGACAUUGUCAAUAACUCAAUGUGCUUCUGCCGGUCGGAGGCACGAGUCGUUCUUCCUAUGUUGUACAUGCUGUAAUUAGCUCAUUGUGUCCAUUACUAACCUCUUUUGUUAUGCUGCAAGUUUUUGCUACUAACAUCGUUUUGUUUGAUCACCUAUGAAUGUAUUUUAUUUUCGCAUUACUUGAGGAAGAGGCGUAGCUAAUUUUGGAUUUAUUUGCAUUCAGUCUGCACCGCACAUAUUAUCAUUUAUGUAAGGUUUUUGAUUUCACAAAGUGAUGUAUUAAGUUAUGUCAGCCGCUGGUCGGAAAACGUUUGUGAAUAUUUUAAGCUUUAUUUCGAUUUAAUUCACCACUGAAGCAAAUAGGUCUGAAUAUCAAACGUCUUGGUGAAGCUUAGCUGGCAGGCUCAGCCAAGCUUUCAAACCAGUCUUUUGAAAGUUAAAGAUCUAUUUGCAUACAGUAUGCUACUUGUUAUUCGUGUCACUAUUUUAUUAGCAGCAUUUAAUUAAAUUGGCUUCGUCAGAAUUUUCCAACACCGAUGCUAAAUUGGCCAAGUUUCAGAUGAACCUCACUUAAAAGGUUAAAACAAAGCCUUGUUAGCGUUGAUUAGCACACCAUUGACCAGAGUCGGAAACGUUGGUUUUGCUAAUGAAGUUGGGUCACAGACCCCAUUUACUCUCGCCCAAGUGCAAAAAGUAUAAACGCAGGACGGUUAUAUCCAUAAGAAUCGCACUUUUGAUGAGAAUGAACUACCAGACCAUCGAACAGGACGAGAUAGCAUUGCGUUUUAAACUUUUCGAAUUUCUUUGAAGUAUUUUUAACUCAAAAAUUAUUCCCGCUGGACGGAAGCUGUCAAAGAAAUGAGAAUGUUUCAUUUGCAAUACUGUGCCGUUUUGUAACUCGCAUUGUAUUUAAACACGGAUGUGUGCCAUGCAUGAAGUAUAUACGUGUACAGUUGUUCCUUGGCCGAUUUCUCGCUUGAACCUUGUUGCCAAGUAGUUUACCGUUGGGUGUGAGACCGCUGAGCGGCAGGCGCCGUGGAUAUUACCAACUUGGCAGCUUGUUUGGCACGGAAUCAGCCAGGAAAUGUACCAAAGCACUAGCCCCGACACAUUUCCUUCACGCAUCUCCGCUGUGCGGGUUUGUUUUCUGACGGAAAUGUGCGCGGGGUUAUUGUCAACCGCAUUGGGUUACUGUUCAGGGUAUAGGGUUUCACAAAGAGCUCCUUCGCUGGCCGAUCUCUGUUGUGUAACCCGGUGCUAGAACAGCCUUAACGCAAUGCGAUGCCUGGAGAGGUCACAUUCUACGGUUUCCAAAGUUACGUCUCUUCUGAAAGAACUUAAGUUUCGAACAAUUGAAAUUUUAUGUUGCGUAAGAGUGGAUUUUUAAAUUAAAACAGCUAUUCAACGACCGCAUUUAUUAAAUAAUUCAACGACCUAAUUAUGUCAGGUUAAAAUAAUGUGACACUUGUCAUUCUGGAGUUAUAUAUUAGUUAGAAAGUACAGUAUAUCAAUUGUGUAACAUAAUAGUGUUGAUGGCAUCGUCAUUCUAGCCAUAACCAUUUACUCGUCACAAUUUUUUGUCACCUAAGUUGUAAGACUCACCAAAGAUCUAUUGUUUGCAAGCUUUACACAUAUACGUAUGUGAAACAUCAACCUUUAUUUUUGAACUUGAAUGUGCUUUAAAAUAUUUUUAUUCUGACAUUAACUUACCUGAGUGUUUUGACUUUAAAAGCUUAAUAAAAUAAGAUAAGAAAAAAG